AUCAAAGGGCAACAAAUACACGUGGUUUGAGCUGUCACCUUAUCAGCUUCUAGUAUGUCGUUAUUUAGAAGGUGGCGUUGAAGGGUUGUCGAGAUGUCAAGUUCCAAUGAAAAGAGUGUCGAUGUUGUCGUUAUUGGCGCAGGAAUUUCAGGCCUUGUCACUGCCAAAUGUCUUCUGGAUGAUGGAUUUCAAGUGGCAGUUAUAGAGAGAUCGGGUGAUAUUGGUGGACUAUGGACUUUCAGAGAAAAUGACUAUGGAGUUAUGCGAUUUACCCAUAUCAAUGUCUCAAAGUACAACUACUGUUUCUCAGACUUUCCUUUCCCUGAUGAUGUGCCAGAUUACCCACAUAAUACAGACAUGGCCAAAUACAUUAAGGACUAUGCUGCCCAUUUUGAUCUGGGGAAAUGUAUCAAGUUCUUCACCAAAGUGACAAAAUUAGAAAAGACAGCUGAUGAUAAAUGGAGAGUGACUUGUCAGAGAGUGGAGGAAGAUGGACAAACUGUGAAGUCCCUGGACUCGUGUGAAGAAGUCAUUACUGCCAGAUAUGUUGCCAUAGCAACAGGGCAUCAUGCCAGUCCAGUUAUGCCAAAGUUCCGUGGUCAAGAGACUUUCCCAGGGGAGAUAAUUCACAGUGUAAAGUUUAAGGAUGCCCUCACUAAUGGUGUAGUGGGUAAGAGGGUACUGGUUGUUGGCAUUGGUAAUAGUGCUGUAGAUGUUGCUGUCAACUGUGCUUCUGUGGGCAGGUGUAAAUCAGUGUAUCUAAGUACAAGAUCUGGAGCUUGGAUUGUCCCCAAUUACUUAUUCGGCCAUCCCACUGACCUGUAUGCUAACAGAACCUUUUUCUAUAUUCCAUGGCAAAUAGGAUCAACCAUUUUUGAGACAAUUUUGAAAUUAAUUUCUGGAAAUCCAAGAAGAUGGAAUCUGAACCCCAAAAUGAGACUUCUACAGACCCAGCCCACAGUUAGCCCCACCCUGAUUCACCACAUCCAGCGCCAUAACAUCCGAGUGGUUCCCAAUAUUCAGAACAUAGAAGGAUCAAAGGUCACAUUUGUGAAUGGCCAGUCAGCAGAAUUUGAUGUCAUUGUGAUGUGUACUGGCUACAAGAUUGAUCUCCCCUUUUUGAGUGAGGACCUAAAGAACACUAUCUUGGAUGAAAACACAAACUCAAUCAAAUUGUACAAAAAUGUCUUCCACCCCGAGAUUGGACAUUCUCUAGCCUUUAUUGGUUUUACACAGCCAGCCUCCGGAGGACUUCUUUCAAUGUCUGAGAUCCAGGCCAGAUGGUUCACUGAACUAUGUAGGGGACGUUGUAGUUUACCCACAAAAUUCACAAUGAAUGAAAACAUAAAGGAAGAGGAGGAGAAGGUGAAAUCCAGGUACUAUCAUUCCAACAGACACACAAUACAGAGGGACCCAAUACUGUACAAUGAUGAAAUAUCGGCCAUGUUUGGAGCAAAACCAGAGCUCCUGAAGAACCCGUCACUGGCAUGGAGAUUAAUGCUUGGAUCCUGUGGCACAUACCAAUGGCGACUUCAGGGACCAAAUGCUUGGAAAGGUGCAAAAGAAGCAGUGAAGAAAGUUCCUGUCCCAGAAAUGUGGCAUUACACAGGAAUAGCUGUGCUGGUGUUACUGGGAAUAUGGCUGCUGUACAUUUUGUCCUUCUUGUUCUAACUUUUGAACAUAUGACAUACCGGUGAAUUUUAGACUGAAUGUCAAAAACUGUCAAUGAUUUCAUUCCUUAAUCAUGAUAAACUGUGAUAAACAUG